AUGAUACAAGGGUAUCCUGUAUGUCAUACCGUCAUGUGGACGCGUCUCAAGGAUGCAGCGCUCUAUGAAGACCUUGGGAUCAUUGACUUCUCGGACCACGCCGAGAAGGCCGCCAUUUCGUCGGAUCUGCGGCCUCGAGCCGGCCAUAUUGAAAUGAGGAGACAAGAUCUUCCCGACAAUCUUCAAGAGUACAGACGAGGGAGGCUGGUCUGA